CCGAGGAUGUGGCCGGGCGCGGGGAGCAGGCGCUGGGCGCGGUGGCCGCAGGUACCGGUGCUCUUCCUUCUGUCGGGGAUCUGCCGGGCUCUCCCGGACCAGGUCCGCUACUCCAUGCCGGAGGAGCUGCCCAGCAACUCGGUGGUGGGAAACCUCGCCAGGGACUUGGAGCUUGGGGGGGUCGUGGCGCCCCGGAAGCUGCGGGUUAGUGCUGAGAAGGAAUAUUUCACUGUGAGCCCGGACAGCGGGGAUUUGCUGGUCAGUGGCAGGAUAGACAGAGAGCAGAUUUGUGGGACGCAGCUUCUGUGUGCUCUGGAAUUCGAUAUUAUCGCUGAAAACCCAUUAAAUAUUUUCCACAUAGCAGUAACCGUUCAGGAUAUAAAUGACAAUGCUCCAAGGUUCAAACAGAGUAAGAGUGACUUAAAAAUUGGAGAAUCUACCAGGCCAGGUAAAACAUUCCCACUGGAUCCGGCCCUGGAUGCAGACUGCGGUGCCAACUCGCUGCAGAGAUACCUCCUGCAUGACAAUGAGUACUUCGAUGUGGCAGAAAAGCAGACUCCGGAUGGGCACAGAUAUCCUGAGUUGAUUCUGAAACGCUCUUUGGACAGAGAAGAGCGCGAUGUUCACCAGUUGGUCCUCACAGCUAUAGAUGGCGGGGACCCACCUCAAACGGGCACCACCCAGAUUCGAAUCCAGGUCACCGAUGCCAAUGAUAACCCUCCAGUCUUCAGCCAGGAUGUGUACAAGGUCACCUUGAGGGAGAGUGUGCCCCCGGGCUUCUCGGUGCUUCAAGUGAAGGCCACGGACAAAGAUGAGGGCGUCAACGCCGAAAUCACCUACUCCUUCCACAAUGGGGAUGAACAGGUGGAAAGCGUCUUCAACUUAGACAAAGUAACAGGGGAGAUCACAACCAAAAGUAACUUGGAUUUUGAGAUUACUCCUACUUACUCUCUACGCGUAGAAGCAAAAGAUCUUGGAGACCUAGCAUCUCAUUGCAGUAUACAAGUCGACGUGCUGGAUGAGAACGAUUGUGCGCCUGAAGUGAUUGUGACUUCCGUGUUUAGUCCUCUACCGGAAGAUUCGCCACCAGGAACAGUAGUUGCCUUGAUAAAAACGAGAGACAGGGACUCUGGGGAAAACGGAGAAGUGACCUGCCAUGUCUUGGGAAAUACGCCGUUUGUAUUGAAGUCCUCCUCGAAGAACUAUUACAAGCUCAUGACAGAGGGGCCCCUCGACCGGGAGGAGACCCCGGAAUACAACAUCACCCUGGCAGCCACGGACAGGGGCGAGCCGGCCCUCUCCUCCAGCGCCAGCUUCACCCUGCAGCUAUCCGACGUGAACGACAACGCGCCGGCUUUCCAGCAGGCCUCCUACGUGGUGCACGUGGCCGAGAACAACCCUCCCGGAGCCUCCAUCGCGCAAGUCAGCGCCUGCGACCCGGACGCGGGGCCCAACGGCCAAGUGUCCUACUCGAUCGUGGCCAGCGACCUGGAGGCGCGCGCGCUGGCGUCCUACGUGUCGGUGAGCGCGCACAGCGGGGCGGUGUUCGCGCAGCGCGCCCUGGACCACGAGCAGCUGCGCUCCUUCCGGCUCACGGUGCAGGCGCGCGACCAGGGCGCGCCCCCGCGGCGCGCCAACGCCAGCCUGCGCGUGCUGGUGGGCGACCGCAACGACAACGCGCCGCGCGUGCUCUACCCCGCGCCGGAGCCCGACGGCUCGGCGCCCCUGCACACGGUGCCGCGCGCCGCCGAGCCCGGCUCCCUGGUCACCAAGGUGGUGGCGGUGGACGCCGACUCGGGACACAACGCCUGGCUGUCCUACCACGUGCUGCAGGCCAGCGAGCCCGGCCUCUUCAGCCUGGGGCUGCGCUCGGGCGAGGUGCGCACCGCCCGCGCCCUGGCCGACAGGGACGCGGCCCGCCAGCGCCUGGUGGUGGCCGUGCGCGACGGGGGCCAGCCGCCCCUCUCGGCCACCGCCACGCUGCACCUGGUGUUUGCCGACAGCCUGCAGGAGGUGCCGCCGGACUUCACCGACCACCCUUUGCCCCCCGACCCCCAGGCCGAGCUGCAGUUUUACUUGGUCGUCGCCUUGGCCUUGAUCUCCGUGCUCUUCCUGCUCGCCUUGGUCCUGGCCGGCGCCCUGCGUCUGAAGCCCUCGUCCCGCCCUGCGGCCUGCGGCUGCUUGCAGCCCGCUCCCCCCGCCGGGGCUGGACCUGGGGUUCUCUCGGGCUACCACGAGGGAACCUUGCCUUACUCCUACAACGUGUGCGUGGCCUCGCAGUCGGCCAAGACCGAGUUCAAUUUCCUCAGCGUGACCCCGCAGGUGGCCCCCGCCCAGGACCUCCUCUGCGAAGAUGCCUCUUGGGUUCCUAGUACAGCCCUUGGGGACAAGAUGGCCCCCCCUGCCUCGGAUACUGCUUUCGAGGUGAGCUUUGAUUUCUUUUUUUUUCUACUUGAAGUCUCGUUUUUUAAACUAAUGCCAUGAAGUGGGAUAGGAGUUCUAUUGCAUA